UCGUCGUCUCCAUUAAAUGAUAAUGAAACGAUAGAUCGACACAGAAUCUGAUGUCAGGGGAGGAGCAGCUGCCACAAUAACCUUGUCCAGUUGUCUGGUUUGUGAUGCAUUAUGGUUGUGUACGGUGUUUACAUCGUAUCGAAGUCUGGUGGUCUGAUAUUUAAUCAUGAUCACAAUGUACCAAAAAUUGAGACAGAAAAAACGUUCAGUUAUCCCUUGGAUAUUAAGCUUAUAUAUGAAAAUAAAAAGAUAGUAGUUGUUUUUGGUCAGAGGGAUGGUAUAAUGGUUGGACAUGUCUUAAUCUCAGUGAAUGGGAUACCAGUCACAGGGAGACAACUGGAUGAUGGUAGAGAUGUAUUUGAGGUUUUAGAAAAUGAAGAGAAUUUUCCUCUUAACUUGAGAUUUGGAAGAUCUAAAAUGACAACCAAUGAAAAAAUUUUCUUGGCCAGCAUGUUCUAUCCACUCUUUGCAAUUGCAAGUCAGUUAAGUCCGGAGCCAAGAAGUUCUGGAAUUGAAGUACUGGAAGCAGAUACCUUUAAACUCCACUGUUUUCAGACACUUACAGGAGUAAAAUUCAUGGUGGUAGCAGAACCUCAACAACAAGGGAUGGAGGUCCUGCUAAAGAAAAUUUAUGAACUGUAUUCAGACUAUGCACUGAAAAACCCAUUUUACUCAUUAGAGAUGCCAAUAAGAUGUGAACUAUUUGAUACUCAUCUCCAAAGUUUACUUGAUACUAUAGAAAAACAAGGAGUAAGUAAUGUGUAGUUGGUAAUACAGGAAGGAACAUUUGAAAAAUUGUUUCAGUUUGUUUGUAUUAUAAAUAUAAAGCUUACAAGAAAUCUGUGAUAUAUGACUAAAAUGAUUGUUCAAUUCGCUAUUGAAAUGUAGUUGAUAAGGGAAAAAAAUAAUUUUCAUGCUGGUUCAGAAAAAAGAACAGCUUGUUAUAUUUCUGAUUUCUGUACCUCUGAUCCCCAAGAUUUUAUCUGAUUCUGGUUUAUCAUUGAUUUUUAUGGUGCCUUUCUUGUCAUCAUUGUAAGACACAUUUCUGUUGUUCUGUCUUUGUUUCUUCAACAUUUGAAAAAUUGAAAAAAAGUGAUAGUGUUGCUGAAAUCUUGGACUGAAUUAAGUCACAUAAUAGCACAGUUUGGGAGUAGUUCACAUUUCUUUGAUGUAUUUGCAAAGCUUAAUUGUGGAUGCUGCAGGAACUAUGAAGAGGGAAGCAAACAAUGUCUUAUGCUUUACUUAAAUGACAACACAAUUAGUCUACUGUACUUUUAAUUGCUCAGUUCCUCAACUAACACAGUGAAUAGCUACAUAAUUGGAUAGAUAAAAAAUCUUCCCAUGAAGUGGCAGCAGAACACAUACAUAAAAGACUGAUGUGAUUGGCAAUCUUUUGAGCCAGAGGCUCCUUCUUGAGGCAGAAGGGUUGAAAAGGAAGGAAGAAGAAUGAAGGAAAAGGACUGGAGUGGUCUAAGAAAAGGGGUAGAUUUUGGGAAAGUCACCCAGAACCACGCGUUAGGGCAGACUUACCAUACAGGAUGAGAAGGAAAGACUGAUUACGAAGCAAGCUGGGAGAUUUUUACUUCCCCUCAUGUUUUGCCAUCUGCCUCCUUAAAAUUCAGUUUUUCAAUUUCAAGUAAUUACCAUUAACAUACGUAAAUAUUAUCUGCAUUUCCAUAGAAGAGAAAGGUUGGUCCUCAGUUUUAAAGAAUAUAACAUCAGAUCUAAUUUUGUGCUUAGUUUUAUGUAUGUAAUUGAUUUUCUAUUUUAUUUUGACUAUUCCUACUUAGUAUCUUUUGUUAUAGGUUGAAAUCAGUAAUUUUUUGUAACUUAAAUUCUAUUGUUGAUGUAUAAACAAAUAUAAAUUCUGUACUCAUUAUAAACAUUUGGAAGACGAAAUACUAGUAAUCUUAAAGUAUCUGUUUGGCUGUAGUUGGAAACAUGUUAGCAAAGCCAGCCCUUAAUUAAUUCCAAACUAAUUAACAGUUUGUCCAAAGUAUUGUUUGUGUACUUAUAUUUAUUAAUUUCAUGAUUUAAACAAAUAUUACGGCUUAACCCUUGCAGUAGAAGAAACUGUUAAAAAGAACCAGUUUUUCAAUGUUUUCAGUUAAUUUAAUGAGUUAAGUUUUUAAUUAUAAUUUCUGUAAAUUAAACUUCGAACAAUGUGUAAUUUCAGUACCUAUUAUUGUGAUGAUAUAUAAGGGCCCAAAUUUUAGUCAUGAGACAGUUAGUCUGUGGCUGAGUUUCAGUCGAGAAACCUGUGUUGGUUAGAACAUCAACAACAAUGCUUCAACUUUUCUGUAAGUGCUACGCAAUUAGACCGUGUGUAAAAACAAUGACAGUGUCUGCUCCGUAGGUACCUUUCUAAUCUUCAAGAACUGUGAACUUUGUUGCUAGGUUUUUACUGCUUGUAGACAUUCAAUAGUAAACUGUUGUAGCAGUAUGUGGAGGUUUGUCUGCACACUAUUAAUGAGGCUUCGAAAGUUAAACAAUAGUGCACUGGCCUGAUAACUGUAUAUUAUCAGGAGGUUGUGAACAGUGAAAUUAAAGUACUGUGAAAUGCAA